AUGGCACCCGUCAGCUCCAAGAUCUCGGGCCUUGAGGUCUCGUCUCUCGAACUCGAUCCCCGAUCUGAACCUUUCGACCUGCCUACAUACCUCUCACACUUGUCUCUCGACCAGCGCGCGGCCUUGACUUCGAAGUCUGACUUUGCCAGUAGUCUUGACAAGCGAAGCGAAGACUUGACCCCUACUCUCAACCAUCCCAUCACACACGUACUAUCUGCUCGAGAUGCGGCAUCUACUACCCACCCGACCAACCCGGAGGCGGGUAGCGUCGACCCGAACCAAAUCAAUAUGAAGGCUGUACAAGCAGCAUUUGCUAUAAUUGGUGCAUCAUUUGUGCUCCUUACCAUCUGGUUCUUCUUCUGGGCGAAGAAUGGUGGGUUCCAGUGGAAGAAGAAUGAUUGGGAAGAGUACAAAUCAACUGUCCUUCGCCGGAAAGGUCCCAACGGCACAACACUCAGUAACGCCACAAAGAGCACCAAGCUCGGUGGUGGAAGCGUUGUUGGUCAAGGUUACAGUGAUGAUGGUAGCUCCUGGACCGCUGGUACGGAGACUAUAACCGACAUGUCGUCCGAGGCUCCCGCCAUGAAAGAUAAGAAGUCCAAGAGCAGCAAGAAGGCCAAAGCGAAGGAGGCCAAGAUCCGUCAAGUCCACAACGAGAAGUGGGAAGGAGGCCACGAUGACGAUGUGCGAGCAUAUCGCCACGAAAAGCCCGCACGCGUUGGUGGCAUCAAUCGUGAUUCCGAGGCUCAAUUCUAUGGGACCGACUAUACCGAGACCAAUGGUUCAGAAACCCGAUCAAACCCACGCCAGGCCCGCCGCGAUUUCUCAUAUGGUACUGAGGAUACCUUCUCCGCUGCUCCUGCGCAGGAGUCUCAAGCACCGAGAGUCCCUCGACAUGCGUCACCCAACAAAGGAAGGUCUAGGCAGAGUGUACCGGGCAGCUAUGUCGAGCCCCUUGACUUCUCAGAUACUCAGAGUCAAAACACCAAAAGCUACCAUCACCCCAUCCCGGGGCUCAGUAAGAACGCCAACGGUGGCUUCAGGAGGAAUAGAGAUGACCCACUCGGCGAUUGA